UCCGCCCAGCAUCGUAGCAGAGAGGAAAACACCGUCUUUCGUCUUUCUGUUCCUUCUGCCCGCAGACACACACACACACACACACGCACACACACACACACACACAUGGCGUUGCAGUUCUCGGCUCCGUUGACUGGCUUCGCAGGUCGUCCCUCCGGGGCGGCGGAGAUGAGCCCGCGCGUCAAACCAGCCGCGUUCGCCGCUGCGCAGCCGAACCGCAGCCACAGCUCGCUGUGGAGGCCUUGGCUGGAGACGAGCAGGGAUUCCCAGGACGGACGCUCCAGAAGCAAGCUGUCGUGCCCGUACUCCAGACCCGUACUUCCUGGUUGUCUGUCUUCGGAUGGAAAACCUCAGGCCUUCCAGCACCCGGUCAGGCUGUUCUGGCCCAAGUCAAAGUCCUUUGACUAUCUGUACAGUAGCGGAGAGGCCCUACUGAGGAACUUCCCCAUCCAGGCCACCAUCAGCUUCUACGACGAGUCCGACAGCGAAGACGAGGAAGAGGAGGAUGACGUCUGUGAGGAGGAUGCCGAUGCCGGGGAGAGCCUCAGGCCUGACUCUCAUUUCACCUCCUACAACUGAAGUGGGACAGAGACGUCUCUCUGACAGGUCCCUGCCGUCUGGAAACUGCAGCUGGUUGAUGUUCAUUGGACUUUGAAGUGCAAAUCACAGCCGUCCAAUUUCUUCUUGUCUCAGACGUUCACUCCGCCUUUAUACAGUUUCAGGUUAAUUCUUCAAAACAAACCACAAAAAAUCACUCUGACAGCAAAAGAAAGAAAGUCUGUACCACGUUUGUUUAAUGUCCACAGAAAACAUAAGAAGGGUUUUACAGUUCAGCCGUACAGUUCAGGUCCAUCAAGUUAUGCAGUUCACUGUUUAGGAAAAGACAGAAAUCUGAUAAUGGGCCGGCUGAAAAGGUCGAAGCUGCGUUUAAGUGGCUAAAAGUGUCAAAAUGAAUAAAAGAGUUUGUCCAUUUAUAGUAGAGAGGCUAAGGUGGAACAGCAUACAGGACGAAGUGAAGUAGCCCAACUCCAAAUUAUAACUAAGUGAAUUCAGCGCUCUCUCGCUCUCUCUCUCUCUCUCUCUCUGCGGGGGGUCUCUGCCGAAGAAGAUUUUUCAGGUAUGCAGUAUAUAUGCAGUAUGUAUGCAGUAGUCUGUGUAUUCUCUGGGUUCCUCUGGGUUCGGUGCCAGAGGGGACGGUAUACAUAAUCCCAUAUUGGGAUGUUUGCGUUUACAGAAAAAUCUCAGGGGGUGUUUCUUGCCAGUGUGUUUUUUAAAACCUGAUCUGUUUGCAUUUCUUUUUUUAAAUUAUGUUGCUGUUAAAUUGUACAUAAAGAUGUAUUUAUAUUGCCCUAUUUUUAUACUGCUUUAGGACUUUGUGUGUAUUGUCUAAUC